AUGUCUAAACUUGGCGAUUCAUUUAAAACCUUUUUCCGAGGAUGUGCAAAAAUCAAACUGAGCAGUCUUACGUAUGAUCAGUUUGCCCCUUUUGCAAGGCAACUGGACCCCUUGAACGUCUCUCGUCUGGUUAAAGACUUUAAAGAGCACGGGUGCUUCCCUCUGGACCCAGAAAACCGUGUCUCUGCUCUCAUAUCGGAAAAUAAUUUUAAAUCAGCGCUCCAAUUAUCCAAUUUGGCCUCUCUACAUGAACGACAAGAACCGCCAUGGCUCGAGCUUCCGGAAGGCGCCAAGGUGGAAUUGCUCACGGGAUAUCACAGAAUCGUGGCGGCGUCUAAGAUCGUCGAGGCUGAAGAAGAAGAAGAAGAAGAAGCGCCAGCUGGUGACUCAAGUAUGGGCUUAUAUUCCGGUGAGAAAUGGUGGGUGGUCAAUCUAUACAGCAAAGAUCUCCCUGGGCCGCACAUUUCGGCCAUCCGCGAGGAAGAUGUCAAUUCUGUGCCAUUCAGUGACGGGGAGAUUUUUCGAAAUCUCCGCCGGUACGAGUUGAGCGGCAAUCAUGAAGGCGUAGAGAGAUGGAAGGCGCGACUAAGGGCUCGGAAUGGCGACGAAGCCUAUUCUCGGGUGUACAGAGUGAGGCCACUGGCGGAUGCAUUUGACCAGCUUCUGCCUUUCACUGGGCUAUGGCCAGGCAAAAAAUGUGGUAUACAAUUUGGCAACUUGUACAGGAUUGCGUACAUGGCAUGCCCUGAAGAAUUGGCAAAUUAUCUUCGUUCGAUGGCUCGUAUUUGGCAGUCUAUUCUCCCUCGACCAGAGCUUCAACAACUUCUAGACGGAGAAACAGUUAGAGAGCUGCAAGGCUUAUGGCCCUCCUAUUCAACUCGGGACAGGAUGAAAAUCGAGGCCAAAAUGACCAAAUGUGCUUUAUUCACCGCUAUCACGGAUGAUGGAGACCGCGAUGGUAUAUUGGCCUCUUUGAAGUCGGUCCGCGGUAGGAUUCCAUCGUUUCAUCUUUUCCAGCAGGACGGCCGGUACCUCUACGAAUGUGUCAAGGUUCUGCAGCUCCUACUCGAUGGGAACAAACAGGGAACACUAAGACAAAACUUCCGACGGAUAUUCAACGGCACUGAUCGAAUCCCGUGUGAGAUAAAUGAGGACACUAUCGGUUUCUUUCCGUGCCAGUCAGGUGGCUGGAAGGUUGCGUUGUGCCAGUUAUACUUGUACGCGAUGAGAAACCUACCGUCGUUGACCGGGACCCCUCCGAAACUGGAUGAUCGGCACACUUCUCCGGAAACACCGCUAGUCAGGAGCACUGCUAGCCUCCACCGCCUCGCGUAUCUUGCCUCUACACUGGGCUUUCAGAAUAAUACCAUUCAUCGCUUACGCGGCCAUUGCUCAAGUAGCUACGCCACCGCUACUGGUAUGGAUCCUCCGCGGUUGAAACUCACAACGAGCGAUUUCGGCGACUAUGCGUUGAAUCGAAGAUGUGGGCGUCCUUUCAGUAAUGCGUACGAUAACGACAGACGUUACCUCUUCUUUCCCAUCAUCUUUGAGGAAUACACAGUGCGCCCGAAGGCAAAUGUUACUUCGAUGGCCAUACACCGUGACAUCUGCCUUGGGUUCUUUGGUGAUGUUAAGGAGUUGACUCUGCAACUUCAUAUAGACCGGCCAAACAGUGACACUCCGUCACAGGCAGUCGAGAUUACCGAACACUUAGUGUCUAGACAAGCCUCUAGUGAAUAUUCAAGAGACAUCGAUACUCCCGGUCAACCGACUAUUAUUACUCAGAAUGACUACGAGCUUGCUCCUGGUUUUGAAUUAAACGCCCUGUCUAUGGAGACAUUCCAUAAACUGGAGCCAAUGGAUGAAAAUACGAUGCAGUCCACGAUGGCAACGUUCCAGGCCAGCAGACGGAAGCCGAUUGUCUUGUUCGAUCUUUCAAAUCGAAGUUAUGCUAAAUUUUCCCUAUCAUCAGAGGGUCUUCAAGCUCUUGAAGAGGCUGUGAUAAAUCGAUCGCAGAAUCCAUGCUGCUUUUUUACAUUCCCCGAUGGCCAACAAUGUGUAACUUGGCGUCGUGGUAAAGCCGUCGAAGCUGCAAAGGAGACAAGGCUUCUCGUGGUAACGGACAAAGAAAGAGUUUACCGACAUAGCUUUACGGAACUGUUACAAACAACGCUAGUUAGACAUGCGGUUCUUGAGUAA